AUGGCUCCCGGAGGAUGCAUAUGCGGCAACGUCCGCUAUGAGGUAGAAGGCGAGCCCGAAGCCAAGAUUAUCUGCCAUUGCCUCGACUGCCGCAAGAUUAGCGGAAGCACCUACUCUUGCAACGGCCUGUAUCCGGGAGGAACGCUCAAGGUCACCAAAGGCACCCCAAAAGAGUACAAGACCAAGGGUGGUAGUGGCAAUGAAAUUGUUUCCGGCUUCUGCGGCGACUGUGGUUCAACCUUGUUCCGUUACGGCACCAGCUUUGGCGACAAGCGCAUCAUAAAGAUCGGAACUCUGGAUGACCCCAGCAUCCUCAACAACUUCAAGGCCAACGCCGAGUUGUUCACAAAGGACAGGGUCGAGUGGGUUGGCGCAUGCGAGGGAGCUGCGCAGAAGCAGGGCAUGACGUAG